CCGGCUGGCCCUCGAUUCGCUUUAACCCCAAACCGGAAAGAGAAUCGAUUGGGCGCGGCAUGGCGGACAGGGCCGGAGAGACGGAUCCAGCGGAGUUCGGCAUGAAGGCGGACGGCGCGGGGCUCGUGGGCAGGCUGGGGCGAGUGCAUGCAUGGGUACAGCAACGGCGCACAUUGCUGCGCCCCUGGUCCUCCUUCGUGGAGCAGAAGCGUUUCACGCGGCCACGCGACGUGAGCGAGCUCUGUCGGCGCGUGGUCCGCAAUGGCGAGCACUUCCAGGCCAACUACAUGAUGGUGUUCCUAGGACUCGCCGUGUAUUGUGUGAUGACCUCGCCUAUGCUGCUGCUUGCCCUCGCCGUGUUCCUGGGCGCGUGCUACAUCAUCAGCCUGCGCUCACAGACCUCGAAGCUCGUACUUAUGGGUCGUGAGCUGAGUGUGACACAACAGUACGGGGCAGCAGCAGGAGUCUCCUUUCCUCUUUUCUGGCUGGCUGGCGCUGGUUCUGCUGUCUUCUGGGUUCUUGGCGCGACUCUGUUCGUCAUCGGCGGCCAUGCCUCGCUGCAUGAGCUGGAGCAAAACGACUUUGAGGAGCUGCAGAUGGAGAGCGUGUAACCGUGGUCGUGGUGGUGGCGAGGUUGCCUCCAACGGGGGCACUGGCAUAAUCACCGCUGAACGCGCCGCCAUGCCCCCCCCCACACAACCGCCAAUAUCUGUUACCACGGUGUCCUUGCCAAGCACCGCUUGUGUGUGGUGCCGUAUUGAUGCACACCAGUAAGCUAACAUACCUUGGCACUUUCCCAUGUGUGACAUGAGUCAGUGAUGCACACCUUCCUGCUUUUGCUUUCACGUGACUUUUCAGAUUAAGUAAAAUAUUUUCUAUGUUUAGAUUGCUCUGGAGGUGUUGUUAUAAAAGUACAUAUGUACAUAUAGUAUACCAUAUUACAUUCCUUAUAUAUCGCCGUGUGGUGAAGGGUUUUUUUUUCCAAAUACAUUUAAUGGUAAAAAUGGAAAACAAGAACAGGGUAUGUGAAUACGAGUUUGGGAAUUGCUGUGUAAAACAUUGAAAUGCUUUGCAAAAGAAGAAUGAUUAAAAUACACUUUACGUUGUGAUUGCAUUUUAAUAACAUGCAUACAGUUGGUCUGUUUCCAUAUUCAAUGCCCCUGGUUGUUGUGAUGGCCUGUAACUAAUAAUCUUUAAAUUUUUGUUUUUUAUUUUAUUGUUUCCCUUCUACGUGACUUUACCGAAAGAACCUAGAAUAUAAUCUUUAGUUUUAAAAUAUGUUGAGGGAUACAAGAACGUGUUUUGGGAAGUAGGAUUACAUUUAACAACCUCCCAAAGUGUAAAAAUGUUACUUGGCUGCCUCAUAAGUGAAUGGAUGCGUACACAAACCAUUUGUGAGGUGAAACGGACCACUUGGAAGUUUCUGAUUGUCACUCGUAGCCCUCAUUGUCUGACGUGGGUGAGGUGGCUCAAUACCGCUCUUUAGAAACCUGACCAUUGCUGAGGUACUGCAAGUUAUGGGUUCUUAGCUGGGGGUCCAAUGGGGACAUGAGUUGGCUCCAGUUCUGAUGGCCAUAGAGGAACUCGUGUUUUGUAGCUGCUGAUGACAUACGUCAGAUUAAUAUGAAGGUGAAUACAAUAUUAAAUAUGCCUGUGGGUGAAAGGCCUGACGUCCAAGCUUGUUUUUUUUUCCUGGAAACCUGAGGUGGAUCUGAACUUCCUACCGGACCUGUAGCCACUGCAUAUCCCUGGAUUCCUUUGAUGCCGUCGUGGUCUGUGCUGGCAUGUCUAAAAAAGACAAGUGACAUGAGGUCAACACCACGUGCAUUUGUCAUUGACCACAGCUUGUCUGGCUUGGCGCAUACAUACCUGCAAAUCAAUAUUGCUCAUUUUGAUGGGGGGGGGGGGGGCGGGAGGAUCUAAAAAUGUUGGUAACACCUUGCAACUGUAUGGAGUUGUGCAGAACAAGUUUAAGGGCACCGGCUGUAAUGAAAAGUUUUACAAAAUGUAAUAAAAACUGAGUGUGCACGUGUUCA